GAAGUUCGACAGGUUAGAAGUAAAGAUGCAGGUAUGUCUACUGCAGUGUCAGUGAGCAAAUCUCAAAUGAAGACUUUCUCAGCUGGAACUCAGGAUAAAAGUGAAGUUAAAGCUAGUAGAGAUUACAUCCAAAAAAGACACUCUUUACAAGUGAUGUCACAAAGGACAAAUGUAGAAAAAAUCAUCCCGUAUGCAAAGCAAAGUGAAUCACAACAGGACUCCCCGAUGCAUUUUGCCUCCAGCGACAUCAACCCUUUUGUUCACCAGUGGCAGGGCGAUGACUCAAACCAACGCUGUCAUAAGAACCCCGCAUUCGGAAGUGCUGCUGACCUGUCCUGUAAGUCUCCACUUUUGAACAGCGCUGAGAAACGUAUAACGAGAUGCUGCAGUGUUGACAAUGGUUUGAACGGGCAGAACUCGCCUUUCCAUUCCCAUCUGAGCACGUAUGCCACCAACAAGGGGCUCUCCAGUACGCUGAGCAGUAUGGAGGAUUAUAAGGAACAAGGGAACAAAACCGCUCAGCUCACGCCCUGUCAACAAGCGUCUGUUGGUCAUUUAGCCAAUCUGACAGUGACCGGCAGUUCUUCAAGUGGUAACAACUCGAGUCAGGUGGAUGAAAUUAUGUUGGUGUACUCGUCUGAGCAAGAGUCCCAUGGAAGCAAAGUAUCGAACCAAAGGAGGAGGACAUGUGAGUAUGGCACUCAAACUGAGCCUGGCCUUCAGCCGGUAAAUAUCGGCAACAGCAGCAGUAGUGCUCCAAAGAGGAGAGAGCGGCACAAAAGGAGUAACACUGAUGUACCGGCAACACAGAAAACCAAAAUGGGCAUGAAAGAAUCUACAACGUGGGCCAGUAUGGAAAGCAUGUCGGCUCACCUCUCAAAGCUGAUCGACAGCACCUCAGACCUGCUGGGGGACGUCCAGGGAAUGAGAUCAGGAGAAGUCAGCAAAUCCAGCCCGAGGAGGAGGAGUGUCAACAUGUCAAAUAUCAGCGUCUCUUACAGUGCGUCUAAUGACUGCACACAGAGAGACUGCCCGACUCAAACAGCCAUAGAUGUCGGGAUCCAGACAGAGAGGUCUUCAACACCAGCCGUGAAGGACGUCCCUGCUCAUCAAACACCCAGUGAAAGGUCCAAUUCUCAUGAGGUCAAUGUGAUAGUGAAAGUGAUUGGUUCUGAGGUUGUCGCUGUGUCCCAAGACAAGAAUGUGCACUGUGUGGUGAAGAGUACGGAUGAAAAGAUUCAGAGCAUAUCUGACCUGAGCUUUAACACCUCUGCUGCAGCACAAAGGUCCGCCUCACAAUCGGAGAAUAAAACACCUCCUUUGAAGACGGCGGUUGAAUGUCUGAGACGUGUAACAACUGCUUCUUCUGGAGGCUCAAAGCAAAGCACGCCCGAGGCACUGUUCCACAAAAGUGUAACAAUAUCUGAAGUCUCUCACAGUUCAUCACAAAACAGCCAUCAAGGAAAUCACAGUCCCUCUUUUAAAAAGAAUUCAACACUUUGUUUAAAUAAACAAGCAACAUACACAGACCGUGCAUCAUCCCCCAUUCGUACUGUGGGAACAAGUUUACGUAUGAAGCUGAGAGGAAACCAAUCAACACUAAAUAAACACCAUCAUUCUGAGAAAGACAAUAUUACUGUGUGUUCUAGCAAACAUUCAGCCAGCACAACUGUUUCAGAGGAUGAGCGAAUGCCUAGACACGAUUGUGAUGUUUCCUCUUGUACAUCCGAAUCUGUAUCACUUGAGAAGGUGAGUGAAAUGAGUUGCUCAAGCGCUAAAGGCUCUAUGAGCGUUAGUGCGUCACUGGAUAGAUAUACAGACACUGACAGGAGACAUGUUACCUAUAAUGACUCCAAAUAUCAGAGUACCUCUCAGCAGUGGAGGACUUCUACUUCAACUAAAGGUUUAACUAUGCAGAACCACAUCUCUCCCAUAUUAAAACCAGCUGAUGUGCACAAACAGCAGGCUAAAGCAACACAUGGAAAGACAUUAAGCUACUCCAGACCUGCAGGAGAUGCUGUUGAUUUUUGCGUUGAUUCAUACAAUCCCUCCCCGGUCAUCAACAGUACUGUUCCAAUCCAAGAGGACGACAUGGUGUCACUGGCGCCCAGCGAGUGCAACACAGAUGUCCUCGUGAACACUGAACCCGUCACCAGCGUGUCCCCGUCUCAUCAUCAACACCAAAUAGCCCCAGAGGACCUGCCCAUGCACAACAAAUUCACCAACUGGUCGGGCAUCAACCUUCUGCAAUCAAAACACUCCAACAAGCCGGGCACAUAUCCUACCAAAGAUAACGACAGGAGCGGAAACUGUGCCGAGUGGGGCGAGAUGGAGAGCUACGGCUCAAACGUAGAAUCCACGGCGCAGAGCGACAGAAGGGCCAGAGAGAUCGAGAGGCUGCGACAGGACAGAGAGCAGGUGAUGGCAACGGUCAGCCUCAACAUGAACCCGACGCCUCUGACUGUGGAGCUGACGGAGGCCAAGCUGCACUACGGCCUCGGAGAGACGGAUACGAUGUUAAAGAUGCUGUCGCCGAGGACCAGAGAAGAGCUGGAGACACCGACCUCUGCUUCCACAAAGCAGCAGCUGUAUGAUAGACACCGCAGGAGUAUUGAAGGUUUGAGACUGGAGAGAGAAGAACGUCUCCAGACUUGCCGGAGAGCUCGGAGUCUGAGUCCCAGCAAACAUCCUCGCUCAUCUCAACAAGAGGCUGUUUCCUCCUCCAAGGUGUCUGCCGCCAUGCCCAGUCGGCGUAAAGAGCACCUACAACAGCUCCGCCAAGAGGUGAUAGAUAGCACCAGAAUACCAGACCCCCCACGAGGAGAGGGACACUGUCCAUCUGACAUUGAGCAGCUGUUGCGCGACUACGGCCGAGCUCGAGAGGAGGCCAGGACUGAGAUUGCAAAGGCGCGAGAAAGACUGCGAGAAAGAACUGAGCAGGAGAAAAAGAGGCUUCAGCAGCAGGCUCUGUCCCAGGAAGUCAAGGAUGACCUGAGACAUCGGACAAGAAUCAGUAACAGCACCUUAUGCACCGGAUCCAGCUUGAGUCUUUCCUCUGGACCAACGUCAGGUUACAACAGCGGAAACACUGCACAGCUACAGCACGGCAACAGACCACUUCUGACUGGACAGAUCUCAGAGACCCAGGAUGAAGGGCUGAAGGUCAGGACGCGUCCACCUAUAUGUGGUCCUCAAAGUGUGAAGUCACAGAGAGUCUGGCUGUCUGCCCACGAUGUUCGCUUUGAGCCUCCUGUCACCAUGUUUGAGCCCCUGAUGACUUCAUCUCCAUCACCCUCAACUUGUGCUCGUCAACGCACAGCCUCCUUUGGCUCCUCCUCUUCCAUAUCCACGACCUAUCAGGACAUCACAUCUAGCCUCCUCGGGAGAGCUAUGGCUGAGGUGCGACUGGCUUCCUCUGGGGAUUUGAGCAACCUGCUAAUGAGCAAGGCCACAGCAGGCUGGAGGUACCAGGGAGAAGAACAAGGUGUCCAGGCUUACUCCAAGCCCUCCUCCAGCCCGUCUGUCCAUGGUUUCCUUGGAGCCGGGGAGCUGGACAGACCUCUGGACAGUCUGUGGACCACAAUCCGCCAGCUGUCCAAGAGCCACAUGUACAAUCAGUCGGUCCGUUCUGUCUGGACACGACCACUAGAUGACAGCACUCAGCUAGUUUAUGUACUAACAGAUCCGUCCACCUGCCACCUCAGCCAGCCGCGGGACUUCUGCUGCAUCAGCACCGAGUCCAAACAGGGUGGCUUUUGCGUGCUGGCAAUGCAGUCUGUGUUCGAGGAGUCUCUGCCUCGUCCCAGUGUGGAUGCCGUCCGAGGGGAGAUGAUGCCCAGUUGCUGGAUCCUGCAGCCAAUAAGACGUAGUGGACAGGAAGCCACCAGGGUCAUUUACCUGUUACAGGUGGACUUAGGAACUCCAUCCUUCCCCCAACGACUGUUGAACACUGUUGCCAGAAGACAUGCAGCUGUCAUCGCUGAUCUUGACGCUUUCCUCUCCAAAUCCACAGCACUCAUGACGACGCAUUAGCAGUGAGCACUUAGAGUAAACUGUCUCCAGCAGGGAGGUAGUCUGUCUUUUGAAAUUGCACCUGAAAUUCAUUUACUUGACUUUUUUUUUAUUUCUAAGAGCACUGUUAAAUUGUUUCCCAGUCACAAAGUUGAAGCAGCUUUUUUUUUUUUUAUAUAUAUAUAUGAAGGUAUUUUUUGAUAAAAUAUUGAGACUGUAUUUUUAUAUUUGCAAUGUACGUUAAUGCAUGUAACAAUCACAAUCCUAUUGUACCAAAGAUUAAUUAGAAAUACAGAGUACUACUUUCCACGACACAUUUAAUGUACUUCUUUAUGUCUAGAAAGCGUAAAAAUUUUAUUAUCCAAGGCUGCAAAGCUACCCCACCUAAUCGCUUCAUUCCUGUGACGAAAUAGGUUUAAAAUACACUGAUGAGUAUCAGCCAUUUAAGACCCUGAAUGCCUGUUUGCAAUAUAGACUCCAUUGAUUUCUACCAUAUUGUAAAGUGGACAAACAAAUAUAUCAAGGUCAACAUCAUAGCUAGAAAACCAUUUUAAAUUGAAUUUAAAGCAUAGAUCAACAGAUAAUCCAAGGUUACACUGAUUUACAGUGUAUUUACUACGCAAGUGUUUUUUACUUUCCAUCCAUCUAUGAUAGACAGAUAAAUAGAUGCAGCCAGCUUUGUUGUCACAGUGACAUGUCAACAAACCUGAGAUUAUACAAGAGGCAGUCACACUUUGUUCCAUAUCUGGGUCAAGCAGAUUUUGCAAAUAUUUGCAUGUUAAUGCUUUGGUACAGCCUAUUUGGAUAGAUGAUGAGGGCGGUUUGCUGGAUAUGACUAUAAUAUUAAAGCUGGAACACUGAGACGUUCAUACAAGGGAAAGUAUUUGAAGGUCAGUUGAGUUUAUUUCAUGUGAAUGUCAACUGAGGUGACACCUGAGUUGUCAUGAUGAGGUAAACAUCAUCCAAACAUAUGAAGGAAACAUUUGCAAACACAGUUAAACCCCCUGAUUUGUUACAGCAUAUAUGUGUACAUAUUUCCUCAGGCACUGCUUAUUUUAACCACUCAGAAACGUUUAUAAAAUGAACUUCAAAUAGGAAAUGUAAAUAUAUGUAAGGGCCUGUACGAAAAUCUUUGGGGGUGGCACUUUUUUCCGGUCCUGAAUUUUUAUUUCAGGCUCUCUUUGUAAUAAAUUUGUUAGUUACAUAAAUUGUUACAAUAAAAGACUCUUUAAAGGUUAAGAGAAAACAUUAAAGACCCCGGGGAGGAAGUGAAAUAAGGUCCAACUACUCCAAUAAUUUUCGUACAGUCCCUGUUGGAUCGUAAUGUGCUGCAUUGAAGGAAUCCUAAGAAUGAUUUAGCUACUCCUCAUCCGUUAUUUGUAACGUAAUUUGAAACCACUCAGCAGCACUCUCUCGCUGCAGGAACCGAAUCCCUUUAACAACAGUUUCAUAGCAACACAGGGAGAUGGUGCUGAGAACCUUUUGGAUAUAAAAAGUAAAAGUAGCCACAUCACCUGGCUUGUGGAAGUGUCCUUGAGCAAGAUACUAAAGAUCCAGAUAUGAUGCUCUGUAGCUGACGCCAACCUCCCUUUUAUUGCAUGAUUAAAGCUGCAGUAUGACAUGAACACAACAUGGUACCCCAAAUCUGCAUAAGCUCAGUUUUAAGGCCUCUUGUUCUCACGUUUCUGAAGUAUGUGGUAUUUAUUUUGUUCCUCUUGCCUUCUGUUUUUAAAAUGCUGUUGAAUGUGUUAUGUAGUUGUGAUGGGUUAAUUAUAUUUUAUGAGCAGAGCACGGUGCCGUGUUUACGCCCGCUUGCACAAAACUGUUAAUGCAUUUAUUAAUGUAACAUAUUAAAAAAAAGCUAUUUUGUUUUUGUUUGUGCAGUGUUGAAGCUAUGCAGACGCUGAUCAAAGGCAGGACUGUGCUCAGUCAAAGCCGGGACAGCUGUGCCCAGAUAUGAAGCCAUAUUAUUUACAGUAGUUGAAGGUUCGGGAUUGUUUUUGGCAGCGCUCAGAUUGUGACUAAAGAUGUUCCCCGGGGAACCAAAGAGAAAGACACACAAAUACUGAAGACACAUAGUGAAGGAACAAACACAACUUUUUGUACUGAUUUAUUUUUGUAUGUGUUCAUUUCAUUUUGUAAAAAGCAUUGUUAUUUAUGUUUUUGAUGAUGUGUUGUAAGUGUAUUUUAUUAUAAACACCCGGCUUCCUGUUGCUAAUAAGAUGUUCUGUGGCCCGUGUGUUUGGCCGUUUUAUAUGAA